GGCGGUGACAAGGAACAAAGGUAAAAGUUCCAGACACAGAACAAAACAGCAAACGAAGAAAUUUCAAAAUCUAUUUCAAUUCAACGUAUACUUUCCUUAAAUUAGGAAUUAAUCUUCUAUUUUUCUCCACAAAAUUGAGAUCCGAAUAACUAUGGUGAGACUCAAGACGAGUCUCUGGGUUCUUCUCCUCGCGCUCGUUUCAUCAAUUCAGUUAAAGGGUUCGUUUGGAUCUGAAUCAAGUAAAGUAGCUUAUGUCACACUUUUGUAUGGAGAUGAGUUCUUACUAGGAGUUAGGGUAUUGGGCAAAUCGAUUCGUGACACUGGAUCCAAAAAAGAUAUGGUCGCUUUGGUUUCUGAUGGUGUCUCAGACUACUCUAAGAAGCUACUCAAGGCUGAUGGAUGGAAAGUUGAGAAGAUUAGUUUACUGGCAAAUCCAAAUCAAGUUCAUCCGACAAGGUUCUGGGGUGUUUACACAAAGCUUAAGAUCUUUAACAUGACUGAUUACAAGAAAGUUGUGUAUCUUGAUGCUGAUACUAUUGUGGUAAAGAAUAUUGAGGAUUUGUUUAAGUGUUCGAAGUUUUGCGCAAACUUGAAGCAUUCUGAGAGGCUAAACUCUGGUGUCAUGGUUGUUGAACCAUCUGAAGCUCUUUUUAAUGAUAUGAUGCGGAAAGUGAAGACUUUGUCAUCUUAUACCGGAGGAGACCAGGGGUUCUUGAAUUCUUACUAUCCAGAUUUCCCAAAUGCUCGUGUUUUCGAUCCGAGUGUAACCCCUGAAGUCUUGAAAACCAGACCAGUUCCUGCUAUGGAGAGGCUUUCUACAUUAUACAAUGCGGAUGUUGGUCUUUACAUGCUUGCUAAUAAGUGGAUGGUUGAUGAUAGUAAACUUCACGUUAUUCACUACACUCUAGGCCCUCUUAAGCCUUGGGACUGGUGGACAGCAUGGCUCGUGAAACCUGUUGAUGCUUGGCAAAGCAUUAGGGUAAAGCUUGAGGAAACUCUUCCUGGAACUGGAGGUGGCAAAAACCAACAUGAUGAACUCGUCGUCAAGUUCCUUUUCUUGUUACCUCUUUGUGGACUUUUGUUCUGCAUUUACCGAUCCAUUCAGGUGCGUGAGGGUUCAUUGUGCUGGAGCUCGUUCAGCAAUCAUAUUAGAUAUCUUUAUUACCAAAUUAGAUCUAAUGGAACACUUGGUUAUAGCGGUAUAUCUACCAUGAAUCCCAGCUAUCAACCCCACAGUGGCAGCGCACAGUCCAAGGUUCCUCAACACUUGGGCGCGGUUGCAGUUGUCGUCUGUUUUACUGCUCUUCUGUUAUCUCUUGGAAUAUCCUUUGCGAUUGUGCCGAGGCAAAUCAUGCCAUGGACUGGCUUGGUCUUGGUGUAUGAAUGGACUUUUACAAUCUUCUCUCUUUUGUUUGGUUGCUUCUUGCUUUUUGUGCAUCUACAUGGAAAGAAAAUAGCAAUACAAUCAGAAUCAUCAUCCUUGGAUGAUUCCGCAAAAGUUCAUCAGCGAGCAGGUGUGUCUUGUGACGUUACUACAUUGUAUUAUGGAUUAGGGAUGGCUUUUCUGGCUAUUGCUGCAGUUUCUUUACCUUACAUUUUAGGGAUCACUGCUUUAUUCACGAGGUUGGGUCUAAUGGUGGGUGUAGCCAUAAUUCUAGCUGCCUUCAUGACUUAUGCUUCAGAGCACCUCGCGAGGAGAGAUACAAUGCGUUUCACAACUUCGAUAAUCAAUGAACAUCGCCGGUUUUCAUCGUCGUCACGAUCAUGGGUAUCUCCCAUUUGCUUCUCGGAGAAGAAGAAGAAGCUAGACCCACCACCUGAAUCCUCAAUCUCACCAUCGGCAACAAACCCCAAAACCAAGUUUAUCUCUCACGAAUCUGCUGUCAGUUUGAUGAAACGAGAGAGAGAUCCUCAACAUGCGCUUGAUGUAUUCAACAAUGCUUCUCAGCAGAAAGGUUUUAACCAUAACAAUGCUACAUACUCUGUUCUUUUAGAUAAUCUCGUUAGACACAAGAAGUUUCUAGCUGUUGAUGCUAUUCUUCAUCAGAUGAAGUAUGAGACUUGCAGGUUCCAGGAAAGUUUGUUUCUUAACCUGAUGAGACAUUUCUCCAGGUUUGAUUUGCAUGAUAAAGUUAUGGAGAUGUUUAACUUGAUUCAAGUGAUUGCUCGUGUGAAGCCUUCUCUCAAUGCCAUUAGUACUUGUUUGAAUCUCCUUAUCGAUUCAGGGGAGGUUGAUUUGGCCCGGAAACUACUCUUGUAUGCCAAACACAAUCUUGGAUUGCAGCCAAAUACUUGCAUUUUCAAUAUUCUAGUGAAGCACCACUGCAAGAAUGGGGAUAUCGAUUCUGCGUUUCUAGUUGUGGAGGAGAUGAAAAGAUCUGGGAUUUCAUAUCCCAAUUCGAUCACUUACUCAACCCUUAUGGACUGUCUGUUUGCACACUCGAGGUCCAAAGAAGCGGUGGAAUUGUUCGAGGAUAUGAUCUCGAAAGGAGGAAUUUCACCAGACCCUGUGAUUUUCAACGUUAUGAUCAAUGGAUUCUGUCGUUCAGGGGAAGUCGAGAGAGCCAAGAUGAUUUUAGACUUCAUGAAGAAGAAUGGAUGCAACCCAAACGUAUACAAUUACUCGGCUCUAAUGAAUGGGUUCUGUAAAGAGGGAAAGAUUCAGGAAGCUAAACAAGUCUUUGAAGAGGUGAAGAAAACCGGGUUGAAACUCGACACAGUUGGUUAUACCACAUUGAUGAACUGCUUCUGUAGAAAUGGUGAAAUUGAGGAGGCUAUGAAGUUACUUGGAGAGAUGAAAGCAUCCAGAUGCAGAGCUGAUGCAUUAACAUAUAAUGUAAUACUCAGGGGCUUGUCCAGCGAAGGAAGAUCAGAGGAAGCUCUUCAGAUGCUGGAUCAAUGGGGAUGUGAAGGAGUUCAUCUUAACAAAGGUAGUUAUAGGAUCAUACUGAACGCGUUGUGUUGUAAUGGUGAGCUCGAGAAAGCGGUAAAGUUUCUGAGUGUGAUGUCGAAGAGAGGGAUUUGGCCUCACCAUGCGACUUGGAAUGAAUUGGUGGUUCGGCUUUGCGAAUCCGGGAAUACAGAAAUUGGGGUUCGAGUUCUGGUUGGAUUUCUUGGAAUAGGUCUCAUACCAGCGCCCAAAUCUUGGGGAGCUGUGGUUGAAUCAAUUUGCAAAGAGAGAAAGUUGGUGCAUGUCUUUGAACUGCUUGAUUCUUUAGUUUCUUGAUAAAGCCCUUUAUUGAUACUAGUCU